AAACCUCAUCAACGUGUGUCGAUAAAAAACUUAGCCCCUGGAACGCGAAAAAGAUAGCAUUAUGCAUGAAACCGACCUUGAAGACAGCACAAACAGCAUUCUUUGGCUGCACGAAAAGUUGAAAUGUCUCUGGAACUGCACAAAGUUCUGUGGGAUGUGCUUAGAAACUGAAAAUCUGAAUGCCAUCAACUUGGAGCUGGUUAUAAGUCGACAGAAAGAGUCCAAGUCAUUAUUGGAUAUUAUUAAUUUUAUAUUUAGAGAUGAUGUCGCAAAUAUAAUGUCUUGUUCCUAUAUAUGUGAUAAAUGCACAGAGAAGACGCUACAAUCCUACAUUUUUAUUAGCAACACAAAGAAAUUAUCCAAAGUAAUAAACACAUGUGUUAAUGAUUUACAUUCAAAAGUGACAGAUAUUAAUGAACAAGUAUUAAGUACUUUAGAAUGUAACAAAUCUAACAUCGUGAUAGUGUUGGAAGAAGACGAUGAUACUCUUGAAGACAUCAAAGAAUUAACAACUGUGUCCGAAAUAGUGCCAACACAGAAUCCUGUACUCAAAAAACUACCACAGACUAAUAUUAGUAGCUCUAAAUCUACAGUUGUGAUAGUCGAAGAUGAUGACGUUUUGAAUAGAAUUAAUACGAACAAGCACAUAACCGCGAAAGGUGGUGAAAUAGUUAUAAAUCCUAUUAAACUGAAUAUAGCUCCUUCAGUGCCUCAAUAUGUAAUCUAUAAAUGCUCAAAAUGCACAGCCAUUUUCACGACAUACAAGUCCUUGAAGGAACACGAAAAAGUAAAACAUAGCAGUAAACUUUUUAAGUGUACGGUUUGUUCAAAAGUUUAUUUGACCUUACAGUCCUUAGAUUUACAUUAUAAAACUCAUGAAGUGGCCCGCUGUAGGUAUUGCCUUAAAAUUACUAAAGACAAUGAGUUGAUGUUGCAUCUAAAAAAGGAGCAUGGCACAAUGUUGUCGUGUUGUCUGCAUUGUGACAAUGUAUAUUACACCCAUGAAGCCUUACAAACCCACAUCCGGGUCAGUCACAGUGUGAACAAUACAACUGAGAAUCCGCAGUGUCAGUACUGUUAUUUAGAAUUUACUACCUCAAAUAAGAGUUUACAUAAAUGCAAGUUUAAUUGUCCGGAAUGCACAAUAAUGCCUUGCAUCCAUCAUGAAUAUCUAAUUAGUUAUAGAAACCAGAUUUUAAGUCAUGCAAGCAAAGCGAAAUGCUUGAACUGUGAUUACACUACAUCGAGAAAGGAAUAUUUGGUAACGCACGCUAACAGAGAGCAUUUAGACCACCAUCCGUUCACAUGCAGCGAAUGUAACAUGCAGUUCUAUACUAAAGCAAGCCUCAGGAUUCACAUAGACCAAUACCACAUUGAGAAUACUUGCGAAUAUUGUGAUAAAGAAUACAAUAGGCCAUUCUUCCUACAAAAACACAGAAAUCAGUGUAAAACAAUAAUUAGAAAAAUUAAAUGUGACCAAUGUGUAGCGUCGUUUGAUAAUGUGGUGGAUUACGACAAACAUGUAUUUUUAAAGCACAACAAUGGAGGAUAUAAAUGCACAUUGUGCAAUAAGAGAUUCAUGGAAGAAAUUGAAUUGCAACAACACGAGGCAAUGAUACACAGUAGCACGGUCCAGUAUAAGAAGAGGAGUAAACAUAUUGAGUGUACACUGUGUGAAAUCAAAUUUAAAAGUAUUAAAAUGUUGCAACAACAUCAAGACACGAUUCACAAAGCAGGCACUCUGUUUCCUUGCAAGAGCUGUCCGAAGAAAUUCUACAGCUUAAAGAAGCUGCAAUUGCAUCAACACCGACAUUACGAAAGGAUUCAAUGUGAGAAAUGCCGAAGAAAAAUCAUUAGUGCCUUUUACCUCAAGCACGUGAUUAAGUGUAGCUCUGAGUGGAACAUGAAGAAACAUAUUUGUGAAAUGUGCGGGAAAGCGCUACUUUCAGAAACCGCUUUGAACAAUCACAUAAAAACACACCAGAUUGUCACAUGUCCGGUGUGCAACAAACGACUGAAAGAGUCUUUGCUCGAGAAACACAUGACGAGACAUAAAAAAAAUGUAGAGACCACUGGCUAUUCAAAUAUUAAAGCCAUACCGAUGCGAGCUUGUCCGGUCUGCGGCCACUUGGUACGAAAAAAACUCGAUCUCGAAGCGCAUAUGAACCGCUACCAUUACAAAAUCAAGCCCUUUAAAUGCCAACAAUGCAGCAAAGAGUUCUGUGGACGAGCCAGAUUGAGGGAACACCAGUUGACUCACGAGGAGAAGUCUUGCAUUUGUAACAUAUGUCAUAAGAAAAUGGCUAAUCGUGUAUGCCUUAAAAUGCAUCUAAGGAUACAUACAGGCGAAUGUCCUUACACUUGUGAGCAUUGUGGCGAAAAAUUCCGAUCAUCAAGCAUACUCAGUACUCACAUACAAAAGAAACAUGCCGAGAAGACCGUCUCAUGUCCAUCUUGCGACAGUAUGUUCCAUUUUGUGAGAGAAAUGAGGCAUCACUUCAAGCAUGUUCAUUGGAAAGGGAAAGACCGACCUUUUGAUUAUAAAGAAGUUGUGCCUAAAAUGUACCACCACCUGUUUGAAGACGGGAGACUGCCCAAACUUGAUGACAAUGAAACUUGAAACUAUGUUUCUAAUUUUAAUGGUUUUAUCAGGGAUGUCAUAAGUUGACUAAUAACGCUAUGGAGUCUUGUGUUGAUAUAUAGUCACUAGAGCGCAGACACUGGAAUACUGCGACCCACCUUGAGACAUGGGCUCGAACACUCAAUAGUUCUUCAGCCUGGGGUAGACGGGUCGCCAACACCGCUAGCCCGUGGUCAUCUCUGAAACAUUGUCUGAAUUUUGCAUAUUUUCAAUAAUGAAUUCAGUCUAUUUAAAUAUGUAAUGUAGUCCUUAAGUUUUGUUACAUUCAUGUAGUUACAACUCUACUAAUAAGACCUUGGCAUGGCGGUGGAAAGAUAACUUUUAGACUUACGGCACUGUUGUUAGCGUCUAAUUCUAGGCUUAAUUAUGACGCGACUUUUAAAGUGGUCAAAACAGAGUGUUCUAAAGGCCGCUAAAGGGUGUUUAGACUCUAGCAGACCUCAGACUUGCAACCACGUAUAAGUAAUAAUGUAUAUGGAGGGAAAGAAGGAAAGAAAAAAAUUGGAAAGUAUAUGGAGGGAUCUGAUUUCUAUAUCGCAUCACUGAUGUACCUGUAAAACCAAUUUGCUCGGAGUGUACAGCGAGAUUAUAUACACAGAUUACAAUCCUUGUCGAGCUAUGUGACAAAACUGAAAAAAGUCCCGUUCUGUAAUUAUGCAUACAAGCCAA